AUGCAGUUCCGGACCUACCCGACUCGUGCCGCGCUGUUGUCUCUCGCUCCUCGCGACAAUAGCCAUGUCAUCGACGCUGACGGAAGUGAAAUCGUUCCUCUUGCGUUACUCGAGACUGGCGUGUCUUCGCUAGUAGGACGCACCGAGCUGUCCUCCCUGUUUGGGAGACAGGUAGUCGGCGGAGAUGACUAUACCUGCGGCCCCGACCGCCCUUGCAAGAACAAAGCUUGCUGUCCAAAGAAGACUGGCCAGUGCAACUAUGGCGAGGAAGCCUGCGGCACAUCUGGCAUCUCUCCUAAUGAGGUGUGCUGGUCCAACUGCGAUGCCAAGGCAGAAUGCGGCAAGAAUGCCGCCGUCCCUGGCCAGAAGUGUCCCCUGAACGUCUGCUGUGGCAAGUGGGGUUUCUGCGGAAUGACAAAGGAUUUCUGCGACAAGGAAGACCAUGGAGCGACUGGCGGUUGCCAGUCUAAUUGUGACCAGCCAGGUCCCAAGGACAAGGCGUCGGACCAGCUCAACCGUGUCGUUGGAUACUACGAGGCAUGGAGACACGACUCCAAGUGUCAGGAUAUGGGCCUGAAAGACAUCCCUGUCAACUCCCUGACCCAUCUCUAUUUCUCUUUUGCCUUCAUCAUGCCGGACUUACAGAUCGUCGGGAUGGAUAACCUGCCGGAUAAGCUGUUUACAGACUUCACCGACCUCAAGAAGAAGAACCCAGCCCUCAAGAUGAUUAUCGCAAUUGGUGGGUGGACACACAACGAUCCGGGCCCUUUACAAAAGGUGUUUAGCAACAUGGUCAGUACCAAAGCGAACCGGUCCAAGUUCAUUGGCAACCUUAUGUCCUUCCUUCGCAUGUACGCCUUUGACGGUGUCGACUUUGACUGGGAAUAUCCUGGCGCGGAUGAUCGCGGUGGUGUCCCCGAAGACGGCGAGAACUUUACUCAGUUCCUCAAGGAGCUCCAGGAGGAUAUCAAGAAGCAGCCCGUCAAGUACAUUGUGUCCUACACGGCGCCGACGAGUUUCUGGUACUUGCGCCACUUUGACCUAAAGUCAGUUGACUAUACUGAUUUUGUCAACGUCAUGUCAUAUGAUCUUCACGGAGUCUGGGAUCGUGAUAACCCGAUCGGGUCUCACAUCUACGGCCACACCAACCUGACCGAGAUGAGCCUGGCGUUUGACCUUUUCUGGAGGAACAACGUCCCGGCCAAGAAGCUGAACAUGGGACUCGGCUUCUACGGUCGCGCGUUCCAGCUGGCUGAUCCGUCUUGCAACAAGCCCGGGUGUCUCUUCAAGGGAGGCGCCACAAAAGGAGCGUGCAGUGGCGAGUCUGGAAUCCUCAGCUACCGCGAGAUCCAGGAGGUCAUCAAAGUUAACAAGAUUAAGCCUGUCCACGACAAGGAAGCCGGUGUCAAGUACAUCACCUGGAACACCGACCAGUGGGUGUCGUUUGACGACAAGGAGACGUUAAAACAGAAAAAGGACCUCGCGGCCAAGCUCGGUCUCGGCGGCUAUCUCAUCUGGGCCAUCGACCAAGACGACGCCGAGAUGUCUGCGUUGGCUGCCGUCCUGGACCCCAAGCCCCUGGGCGACUUCAAGUCGAUCGAUAAGGGCGAUGAGAACUGGACGGGCACCAACGAAAUGUGCUACGUUUCCAGCUGCGGCGUUGAAGACUGCAAGGCGGGCGAGAUCAAAAUCACCGACCAGAAAUGCGGCAAUGACAAGAAGAGCACCCUCUGCUGCCCCUUGUCGGGCGCCCCUGACCCUAAGUCGUGCACCUGGCGCGGCGGUGAGACAAAAUGGUGCAACGGCUACUGCAAAGACGACGAGGUCAUGACGCACAUGAGCAAGUACGGCGGCGGCCACGACUGCUGGGACGGCCAGAUGGCGCACUGCUGCGAGAGCUCCCUCGGCGAGAAGAACAUCUGCAAGUGGCGCGGCGUCGGCGAGCAGUGCCACAGCGGCGAGCUGCCUCUGACCUUCUCCGGGACCGUCCUCGACAUCCUCGACGACGUCGCCAAGAUCAUCCUGCGGGUGGUCGGCCGCGCGUACCCGCUCGCUGCCCUCACUGGUCUGGUCCUGCUCGAGGUUCUCGACGAGCUGGACCUCGACACGCGGAAGCUGUACUGCUGCCCCGAGAAGGAGGUUGAGAAGUGGAAGAACUGCGCCUGGUACGGCAAGCCGGGCAACUGCUUCGACGGUCACUGUCCGGAUAUGAAGACGGUGCAGAUCACCGACUCUUACUUUGGCGGCAGCGACAACUGCGGCAUCCACACGACGCGCGUCCGCACGUUCUGCUGCGAGUCGGACGGCGAGCCCCUUUUCCUGCCCGUGGACCUCAAAAACCUGUUUGAGCACCCGCCCGAAGGCGGUUCCGAUACGGAUUUUACGCUUGAGACGGACAAGACGUCGGCCGACGGCGACGACGACCCGAACGAGGCCGCGUUCCAAUUCGUCGUGCUCGUCUCGCCCGAGGCGCUCCAGAUCUCGCUUGACAAGCGCGACGGAUCCCACUGGGACGUCUUUAACUGCCACGACUCCAUCUCCGAGGGCGAGCACACCGUUCGCAUGGUCUGUAACGACCACACCCCGGAGAGCAACUGUCACAAGAUCGGCCUUGGCCACGGCGUCCCGGGAACCAUCCUCCAGAUGCCCAGGGGCUGCGGCCCGGGCAAGUAUGCCGUCGCCAAGAGUAUGGCGCCGGCACCUGGCAGAAACCACGCCAAGCUGCUGCCCCGUCACCUGUCCCAUCUCGCCGGCCUCGAGCCUGUCGUCUACGACUUGACGUUCGACUACGACUUCAGCCGCGUGCCGCGCGACCUCGGCAACACCCAGAUGCGCAUCGACUACAGUAAUCAGGACGACUACUGGGACAACAUUGUCGCCGGGUCCGUCAGCCGAAAGCGAGACGUACACGGGAACGAGAGGCUCGCCAGGCGGACGCUUCAAGAUGUCGGCGGGAACCCGGUGCGCUGGCUCGAGGAAGAGUUCCGCGACGACUUCCACCUUGACAAGAUUGCCUCGCGGGACCUGCACGAGCGGUGGUUCGGCAAGAGCAUCCUCGAGUGGCUGGCGGCCCUCGUCAAGCCUGAGAUCAAGCGCGAGUUCACGCACAAGUACGACGACAGCGUAACUGCAAAGUUGUUUGACGAGUCGUGGAACUGCCCUGGCUCGGUGGAGGGCGUCAACUACGACGGCCACCUGCUCGGCCAGGCCGUCCUCGACAUCGAGGUCGAGUCCAGCUUCGGCUUCACCCUCAUCGUCGAGAGCCUCACCCUGCCCCUCAACCUCGAGAACAGCUACCUUACCUUUUACAACAAGGGCAAGGUUACUGGCGUGGUCACCCUUGAGGCCCUCGCCCGCGUGACAUACGAGAAGAAGAAGGUCAUUCUCAACUUACCAUUCCCCGGUGCCUCGUUCAAGAUCCCCGGAAUCGCCACCAUCGGCCCCCAGCUCACCGUUGAGGGUAGCAUCGACGCCUCCCUCGGAAUGGCUGGCUUGAUCGAGACCAAGCUCGAGAUUGCUAAGUGGGAAGUUCGCCAAGUCCUGCCCGACGCCAGCGCCUACAAACCCGAUCUCAUCGACAACAGCAAGCCAAGCCUCGAUCGGACAGGCGACUUCUCGGGGAUCCAAAAGCCCGAGUUCUACGCAGGUGUUACAGCCUCUGGAGAUGUCACCUUCAAGCUGUCAGCCGCUGCGGAGUUUGGUGUUCGCUUCGUCGAAAGGUGGGACGUUCCUCCAGCAGCAGCCGCAGUCGUGGGCGAGGUCAGCCUGACGACCAAGUUCGCAGCGGGCAUCUCGACCUCGGGAACGUGCCCCUUUACGUACGGUCUUGAUGUCGGCGCUCGCUUGUUCGCGAGAGCAACCGCGCCCGACCCGUUCGGUACCGGCUGGUCUGGUGGUGAAGUCGACCUCACGGACAAGUGGGAGAGGACCAUCAUCAAGGGCGGCACUUGUCCCGAUCUGGGCCCGAUACCUUCCAAGAGAAGUCUCCGACGUCGAGACCCGCUCUUCAUUGAGGGCCGCGCCGAAGAAGAGGACAUGACCAGGAACGUAUCUAGGUCGAGAGCUCCCGAGGCCGGUGCCUACGAAGCCCUCGAUGCGGACUUAGUAUCCAGCCUCGACGUCGACCUGCGCACGAGAGACAUCUCCGCCGGACACAUGUCGUCUCUGGUCAAGAGAGGUGGUGUAUACGGUCCGGCGUUCAGCCUCCCGGUCGGCGAGUUCUUCUGCCCUUCUGAAGACAGCGAAGAGGGCAUCACGUGCAAGGAAGCAUACGACUCCCUACAAGAGGGCAACGAAGGAGGCGUCUGGCAAGACGCGAAGAAGCGCAAGAGGGAGGAGAAGCUGACUCCAACUUCCACCAUUGAUGAAAACGCUGCCGCCGCCGAGUACCAUGCUCAUCAGCUCAAUCAAAGCCAUCGGGCAUGGGAUGAGGAGUUACUGCACAUACUAGACAAGAGAGCCGAUGAAAAGAAUGUCAAGGCUUGUGCAAUGAAGUACGAUAUAACUAACACCUUUCCCCGCGGCGGCGAACUUGCAGGAAAAGGAAAAGAUUGGGGCUGGGAAGACCCCGCGGACUGUGGCAACUUCAACUUUGGCGACCCCCUGACGGCACGCGCCGCCAACGUCCAGUAUCACACCGAGCACGUCCUCGAGGCACAGAUGAUUGACCAGUUCUUCCAGUGGCUUGACAAGAAGAAGUCCAACUUGCCCGACCCGACGCCAGGUGCGGGCCAGGGGUCUACCGUCUCUUUCUGUCAAUAUGUCAACGAGCUAUGGGAUGUUCCCGCUUUCGCGUGGCCCAACGAACCCACGACCGGCGGCGUCGGCAAGCUCUGGACCCCCAUCCAGCAUAUUGCGGCGCAGUUCCCGACAAGAACGUUCAAAUCAGACGACUUUGUCGCCCUGGAGUCUGCCAUCAACACGCCUAGCAAGACGAGCGCCUGGCGAGCGAAUAACCCUUGGAAGACGACGUCCUGGACCAAGAAGAUUGGGAAAUAUGCAGACGCCAAGAAGAUUUUCUCCAGGCUCCGCAGCACGAUGGGCUCGCGCUUGUACCAGGACCACUCGACCAUUAGGACAACCAUGAAGGAACAGACGGACCGGAUAGGCAAGAUACUCGACGCCCUCGACUCGACCCUGCUGCAAGCAAACCAGCGCACUGGAUACCUGAAAUGGUCGAAACAGAACCUCAAGUCCGAGUGGGAGACUUAUAUGAAAGGCCAGUACACUACAAUGGUAUCCAAGACCGAGGGCCUCGUCAACGAUUUCCUUCCCAAGAUGAAAAAAUUGUGGGCGUCGCAGGCAGAGAAGGACAAGUGGAAGGACGACCCCAAGGAUACAGCGGCGGUGACAGCCACGAAAAAGGAACACCAGAACUUCAUAAAGGCCAUUGAAGACUUUGACACGAAAUGGAAUGCGCUGCCCAAGUGGACGAACCCUCUCUGA